GCGCAAUGCAUAAAAGAAGGUCACUGUCCGGGAAGGCAAUAUGCUAGUUGAGGAGUGGGACCGCCUGUACGUGAUUUUUAAUGGCGAGAAGCUGGAAGACAACAAAUUCGCAGUCUACCCGGCCAGUAGCCCGACAAAGGCUUCCCGUGCUCAUGGUCCAAGUCCGGCCAAACACACGGUGGCGGUCCGCUCGAAAGCUGUCUGUUCGUCAGACCCAUCACGACAGGCUGUGGCGUGUUUCGAUGUGCCGGAAGAGGAAAGGUUCUCUCGUAGCAUGUGGGAGGACGGCGGCGUGACAAGUGUUAGUGGAGCUGCUUACGGGGAGAUGGAGCGGAACCCGUCCCGUCUACUUGGUCUACUCGAAAACUUUUGCAAAGUUGGGCAAACUGUUUUUUUCUUUGGGAAGGCCCAUGCGUCUGUCGUGUGGGAACUCCUGCGCACCGGUCGGAACGUUGUCGCGUUGGAGAAGGACGCGAAGAUGAUCGAUGACCUUCACAAGUUCGUGAAGACACGCGUUGCAGACACUCGCAAUGCUUGCGAGUUUGUCCAGACCACCGGCGAACGAAACUGGGAUCCCAAACAUGACAUGUAUUGGAAAUUGUCGGGGAACAGGACGGAGGUUUGGGACUUCCUUUUCCAACCCCGACCGCCUGGUCCGACCGACCUCGAAUACAGUCGACGGAGAAACCUCGUGUUCGGUGUGCUCAAUGGGUACCACGAUGCACCCAGGGAGUCUGUCUCGCAUUUCCUGAGAAGGCUGGAGCACGUUUACUUCACGCUGGCCGAACCGCUCACCCUCGAAAACUACUAGGAGGAGCUGAGCGACUCCGAAACCUUCGAUUUCGAGUCCAUGCCACUUCCUCGAGGGGUUGGAAAGGUUGGUGAUGAAGAGGAAGGUGGCCCUCGGAGAUAUAGCACGUCCCCUGCCGGUUUGAAGCGUGUGUUUCGGGGUGAACCAGUCGACAACCAAUCGUCUGAUGACGGGGACGAAGAGAGAGACUAUGAUCACGAACCUUGUGACAGGCUCCCUGAGGACCACGACACCGAGAAGAAUGACAGACUCUUCUUCUUCGGCAAGCAUCACCGGUUCAUGGUGGAGGAUGUCUGGGGACACAACGUCGUCUGGCACCCGAGGAUAUUCCAACCUGCUGUGAAGAAUGGAAUGUGGGUCAUAGCAAUGAAGGAGGCCGAUGGCAAGUGGAGUGGACUGAAGAGACAGGGAACGGGUGCAUUUAAAAGAACGGCGAGACAUGCUCUGGUGGAGCAUUUGAGUCUUAUGAACCCCGAGAGGAACGAUCCGUACGUCGCUGCGUAUGCAGUACAAAAGCUAAAUGAGUUGUACGCCAACAACAUGUUGGAGUUUCGACCGCCUUUCUACACACUCGAAACAGCACCGUCUCGUGGCAUUGACUGGCGCAUGCCGCAACCUCCGUCGGGCGGUCAGCAUCUGGGAGGGGGUGGAGGAGGAGACGAAGGAGACGGCGGAGGUGGCGGAGGAGACGGCUCACAGUUUGUCGGAAAGGGGACGGGCGAGACAUCGUCGGUAGAGAAGGCGUCUGACGGAAAGGGGUCAGGCGGAAACGACUCGGGCGGAAAGGGGUCGGGCGGGAAGCGGUCGGGCGGGAAGGGGUGGGGCUAAAAGGGGUCGGGCAGGAAGGGGUCAGGCGGAAAGCGUAGAACGUC